GACCAGACAAAGCACAGAGACAAGCCUAAUUCUUUCCUGUCCAUCAUGGCACAUGCAGAUAGCCCACAACCUCCAGGUGCUUGCUGCUGGUAGACGCUGUUGUUUCUGAUCUUCCUCUCUGGCUUUGUAUUGAGAUUGAACCCCCCUUCCCUUCGCCCAAGAAAGAGCUCGCUGUCGGUCUUGAUCUCCUGUAUCUUACGUGUAUCCCGAUCUCGGUCGACAGACAUCUCCGAUACUUUCCCAUUCGCAGCUUCAGAACUUGACGAUCUGAGCUGCCUCAGCGCUACUCUGGGUGAAGCUUGCACGUUGAACUUCUGGGCAGCCUCAAAGUCGUUCAACCAAAAGCAGAAAGAGAACGUAACAUUGGUGGAAGAGCUCCAUUGACAAAGAACCUACCUCUGGCCAUUCGUCCAAGCACACCAUUCCCUCCUGAACGCUGCGGUGCCGUUUCAAGGAAGUGGUCUUGUGCUUUGAUGAAACAGUCGUCCUCUGUGACUUCUGAUCCAAGAACAACUUGAAGAAUAAGGAGGUGGGAAUGGAGUGUGGAACGCGGAGGGAUCCUCUCAUUGUGAAUGAAUGAGAGAUCUUCUUGCGUUCCAUCGGGUUCCGCAGCCCAUUGUGUGUGUGUCUCAACAAUAGUACAACGACAUCAUACCUCCCUGCGGUCACCUGUGUUGACCUUGGUUGUCGGGAGCGAUGAACCAUGCCCGCAAAACAAAUCAGUCGACAGUCUCUCGGGAUCAUGAACCAGAUCCAAAUUCCACCUCCAUAUUGCCCUCGAAAUCGUCCCAACCACCGAUAGCCAUGUCCUCCCAAUCGAAGAUGGAUACUGGUUGGAAAUCUCCUGAUACUCGAAUCUAUUACGCGAAGAAGUACAGACAAGUUCUUUCUUCCGCUCCGGCGUCUGCGUUGGCUGUCAUUGCAGGGGCCCCUUUCGAAAACGUCAAAGUCCGCAUGCAAUCGCGUCACUUUCCAAAUGCGUGGCAGGCGACCAAAUACACCUAUCGCACUGAAGGUCUUCGUGGGUUCUGGGCCGGUACAUUGCCCCCGUUAGUCUCGAUCACAUUCUCUCGCGCUCUCGGUUUCUCCAUCUACCGCAAGGCCAAAUACACGUUCGACAGCUGGAUCGAAAAAGCUACAGGAACAUCCCCUCUUCAACAUGUCAACAAACCAGGAACAUAUCCCACCAUCUACACCCUCGCCUGCUUUACUGGAGCUGGAAUGGUCUCGGGUGGUGUGACUGCCGUUGUUCUGACUCCCAUUGAACUCAUCAAAAAUGCUACUCAAACCUCUGUUCUCAUGGCUUCUCAAGGCGAUACCCCGAAAACUCACUCUCCUGGCGUUAAGAAUGUUGGCCGAGUCAGCUCCUGGGGUUCCAUGAAACUCAUCAUGCAACGACGAGGAGCUCUAGGUCUCUGGACCGGCUUUCGUCUGCAUAUGCUUCGCGAUCUGGUUGGCAGCGGCAUCUACUUCGGCAUCUACGAGACCACCAAACAGACCCUGAAUUCGUACUACGGUGCCGAGAAAGCAAAUUCAGCUGGUGCCAUCGCCGUUGCUGGCGCUCUGUGUGGCGUUGGUGCUUGGUGUGUUACCUAUCCGCUUGAUACGAUGAAGACACGGACUCAGAAUAACCUCGUUGGCGCUUGUUCAGUCCCCUCCACCACCUCCAAAGCCUCGGCGUCGCUUUCGACGGCUCUGGACACCGCUGCGAAGUCGGUCGCGCGCGUCUCGAAGUGGAAAGGCCUCGAAAUGAUCAUCCUGCGCUCGUCGAUUCAGAACAUGAUCCAGAUGUCCUUCUUUGAGCAGGCCAAGGUCGUCAUUGACAACAUGAGCUUUUCCGAUGGUAGCCUCACCUUGCCGCAGGUGGAACGGCACUUUGGCCGUGAUUCCAAAGUCAACAAGAAUGACAAGUGUUGAAUGGUGGGCACCAUGUGUGUAUCGAUGUGAUUUUUCUACAUAGCGAACAAUGAACAAUAAACAAACCA